ACUUUUGAUGAAUUUCCUCAGGGAAAAGGAAUUUAAAUGGGAAGAGGAUGUGUGUUCCUUCCUUUGUUAGUAGCUGCUUAAACCUUCUGCUUUGAUUGUCCAUAGAUUAUACAGCCUAGUAGUUCCAGGUUUUUAUGCUUAACAUCGGCUAUUGGGCUGUAUGCAUUCAUCAUAUCAGUAUCAACAACACAACUGAAAGGGUUAACUGCAAGUCCAACUCUUCCAAUGUCUCCACCCUCUUCCGUUUUUGCUUUUAUAAAGCUCACCAGUCUUUGUUGCUCUUGUGUUUGUCUUGGAAUGAAUCUGUCAUCAUGUGGACUACUCUAAUGAAGUUAGACCUGACCUCUGUUUGCCUGGCUCUGUUUCUGGGCUUGAUCUUUAUGGUUCUGUUUGAGAUCAUUAGGAUUAAUUCACGCAGAGGUCAAAUUCCUCCUGGUCCCAGACCUCUGCCUUUUGUGGGAGUGUUACCACAGUUGAUAAAGAAGCCCAUGGAGUUCAUAAGAUCUGUGUCACAAUAUGGAGAGAUCUCUACUAUCUAUAUCGGAAGGAAGCCAACAAUAUUCCUAAAUACAAUCCAGGUCACUAAGGAAGCAUUGGUUCAGGAAGCCUUUUCUGGAAGACCAUCUUUGCCUCUUUUUGAAUGGAUAACUAACGGACUUGGUAUUAUAAUGGUCACGUUUGGUCACUCCUGGAGACAGCAGAGACGCUUUGCUCUGCACACACUCAGGAAUUUUGGCCUGGGGAAGAAAUCAGUAGAAGAUCGUGUGUUAGAGGAAAGCCGUUAUUUGAUUACUGAAAUGCUUAAAGCAGAAGGCAAGCCUAUGGACCCACAGCAUGACAUACAGAAUGCGGUUUCUAACAUUAUCUGCUCCAUCGUGUUUGGAGAUCGCUUCGACUAUGAUAACAAACGCUUCUCAUACCUUCUGAAAAUCUUGAAUGAAAACUUCAUGCUUGCAGGGUCAGCUGCAGGACAGAUUUUCAACUUAGUCCCCUUCAUCAAGCAUUUACCUGGACCACACCAAAAGGUCAUGAAGAACGCCACUGAGCUAUUGGGUUUCAUCCGGAAUGAAGUAAGAGAACACAAAGAAACUCUGGAUCCAGACAACCCUCGAGACUUCAUUGAUGCCUACCUGCUGGAGAUCGAGAAACAAACGUCAAAUGAGGGUUCCACGUUUCAUGAGGAGAACAUGGUUAUGUCAACAGCUGACCUUUUUCUGGCUGGAACCGACACCACAAUGACCACCAUCAGAUGGGGGCUCCUCUUCUUGAUUCAAAACCCAGAUGUACAAGAGCGAUGUCAUGAGGAGAUUGUUCGGGUGCUGGGUUACGACCGCUUGCCCAGCAUGGAUGACCGUGACAAACUACCGUACACAUAUGCCACUGUUCACGAGAUUCAGCGCUGUGCCAACAUUGCACCUCUUGGAGUGACUCAUGAAACGACUCAGCCAACAAAACUACGAGGAUACGACAUUCCCAAGGGAACUAUGAUCAUGACAAACUUAGCAGCAAUUCUCAGUGAUAAGGAGCACUGGAAGCAUCCGGACGCCUUUAACCCGGAGAAUUUCUUGGAUGAGAAUGGGAACUUCUUCAAACCAGAGUCUUUCAUCGCCUUCUCAUUGGGUCCGAGGGUCUGUCUCGGGGAGACUCUGGCGAGGACCGAGCUCUUCUUGUACAUCACGUCUCUCCUGCAGCGGAUUCAUUUCUCCUGGCCGCCCGAGGCACAGUCCAUAGACAUGGAUGGGGUCAUGGGUAUCGUCCGCUAUCCUCAGAACUUCAGCAUCAUCUGCCGCAGCAGAGAUACCAAAGAGUGACCAUCAGCAACCCCCAAAACAACAUACAGACAUCAUUAUGCCAUCAUACUUACUGAAGAACAAAGCUGCUGAGACACACAAGAGCAUCUUGGCUCAUCUAAAUCAUGAUGUA